CCGACAGGUAACCUUAUAGUCAGACAUCGUCUGUGUCAUCAGCCUUUAUAUAAAUCCACACUGAGUGGGUAACACACAUUGAGAAGAGCUGUGGUUUAAACCAGCAAAAGGAGUGACUGCACAUCGGAUCAAUAUGUCUCUCACUGAUAUCCUCUCUGCUGAAGCCAUUGAAAAUGCUAUUAAGGACUGUGAAGCCCCGGACUCCUUCACUUACAAGAAAUUUUUCCAGCUAAUUGGCCUGACUAAGAAAAGUCCAGAGGAAGUCAGGGAAGUGUUCCGUCUCCUAGAUGACAACAACAGCGGAUUUAUAGAAGAGUCAGAGCUGAAGUUCUUCUUGCAGAGGUUUGUCCCAGGGGCACGGACAUUGACAGUGAACGAAACCAAGAACUUUAUGUCAGGUUCAGAUGGUAACAGCGAUGGCAAAAUUGGAGCAGAUGAAUUCCAGAACAUGGUCCUGUCUUAAAGGAAUGACCGAUUCUCAGUCCUCUACCAGCAGCCAUGCUGAAGUUUCAUCUGUCUCACUUCUUUUUACAUUUCCAAAGAUUUUUUCAAAGACCAACAUGCAGUCCCUUGUUUUUAUUUAGUUUGGGAAGGCAUGUUUGAUGGUUAAAUGUCUGUCA